AUGGCAGACUCACAAGAAUCCGCAGACGCAUACGAGUACCAGAAAGCACACCUCAGUGACAACAAAAAGGCGGAGAUCAUUGCGCCAACUGUGAUUUUUCUUGCUAUUGCAUACACUGCGGUCUUCUUACGAUACAAAUCUCGGCGUAUUGCACGUAUAACGUUGGAGGCUGAUGACUGGUGUAUUGGGUUGGCUUUGAUUACGACAACAUGCUUCAUCAUCGUCUACUAUCUGGGAAUGAAAUACGGCAUGGGGAGACAUGAGAUCUUGAUCACGGAUCCCAAAGCAUGGGUUAUAACUAUUGUCUCAACACAAGUUCUAUACAGCAUCAGCAUUUGCACCAUCAAGCUCUCCAUCCUUUUCCUCUACGACCGCAUCUUUGGCAUCCCUAAACCAAUGUUCAGGCACAUUUUGCGGGCAAUGGGUGGCUUCGUGAUCGCCUACAGCGUGGCCGGAACACUAGGAACCAUCUUGCAAUGCGUACCACUAAGUGACUUGUGGAAACCUCCUAGCAAUGGUCCCCCAGUAUGCAUUGAUUUUGGCACGCUGGUGAUAACAACGGGCGUCCUUAACAUAGUGACCGAUAUCACUAUACUUAGCCUACCGAUACCCCUUGUAUGGGGCCUGCAGGUGUCAAAGCCGCGCAGGUGGCAACUUGUCACUGUCUUCUCUCUAGGCGGAUUGGUUUGUGUGAUCAGCAUCAUCCGGCUUUUCUUCCUAAGAGUUGGCAUGUGGGAUGCAAGCUAUGAUGACGUCAGGGGAACCACGCUCUCCGCGAUUGAAUGUUGCGUUGGAAUCCUGUCCGCUUGUCUUCCUACCUACCGACCUCUCUGGCGUAAAUAUGGCUGCGCCCGUACCAAGCGCACGGCCAUAGCCAAUGAGACCCACCCUAGUGAUCUGAAGAUGCUCAAUUGUGCGAUCGGAGGUAGCCUUCGGGGGAAGGGUACCAGUACGCCUCGGACCGUGGCGGAUGGAAGAAGUGAAGGGUCAUGUGCUACGUGCCAGGUCCCAAACUGA